AUCAAAGUUUGUAGACGUGUCUGUUGGGUAAAGUGUUGUGGCUGCUUUUGGAAAUGUUGGAGGAAAACAAGACUCCCGGGUCUCCACAGCAGAGCAAAACUUCCAAUAUCAGCAGAGACAGAAUCCAGAACUUCGAAGCAGAAAGAAACACCAACACUGCUUCAGCCAACGGCAACGGCAUCAAUCCUCCGCAAAGCUUUUCUUUGCUUUUGGAGAAUUGUGCCCCGUGUCCUGCCCCUGGGCCCCUAACGAGCCCACUUCUCGGCGGGCUUCCUGGGAGCUCGCCGGUGACAGGAAGGCAAGCUGCGUCUUUGCAGCUGGCCCAUCUGAAGGCCCAGCUAGCGCUAACGCAGAUGAACAAUGUUCUCGCAAUCGGUGCUGCACACCUGACGGCAAACGCCAACGCCCCCGCGCCCUGCCUGCCCACGAAGCCGCCUUCGCCGACUGCUGUGGCCAUCAAUCUCCUGAACCUCCUGAAGAUCGCCAACAACAUGUCGCAUCCCAGGUUUAAUCCCUUUGCCCCUGGUAAACAGAUUUCCCCCCAGGGGCCGUACGGAGGCUCCACUGGACAAAUGGAGAGGGACCCUCGGAGGCCGCCGUCUCACCCCGGCUCUGGUCCCGGCUUCAGCUCUUCUGGAUCUUCUUCCCUCAACCGCGGGCCCCCCGGAGGACCUAUACCGUCCCUCCUGUCUUUGCAAGUGAACUUCCGACCCGACAGGAGUAAGAUAACGGUAGACGAGGACAUAGACAGAUGCUUGGACUUGAACAUAAGCAGAGCUAGGGAUGAGGCCAUGCAAAGUUCUCCAAACCAAAACUCCCAGUUUUCCAACGUUCAAAUAGACACGUUUCCCUCGUCAAACACCGGGAGGCCCUCCUAUUUGACGCCCCCGGCCGCUCAAGGAAAGAGACCCUUCAGUGUGGACAGCAGUAGCAGCAGCCUGGACUGGUUGCCCAUCUGCCAACGCGCCUCAGAGGAAAAGUCGUCAAACAUGUAUUCGCCUGCUCCCUCCAGCUUUCAAGGCGGCGGCGACAGUGGGUUCGGCGCCUCCGGCGAAGGAAACCGCCCGCCGUCUACUCCUGGGCUGGGAAAAUACAACAUGAGUACGCCGGCUAAGUCCGCGGUUCCGCGGGAAGCCAUUCGCCCCAAGUACACCUCAGAGUCGGCUUCGAACAUCCUGUUGCACUUUGGCCUGGAGAAGGAAGACUUGGAACACCUGAUCUCGUUCCCCGAAGACCAGAUCACGCCCGAGAACCUGCCCUUCAUCUUGAGGCAAAUCCGAACGGAGAAAGCGGAGAGGGGCUCGGGUCAGCCGAAGGGUUACGGUGAAGAUCAGCGUGUCAGAGGCGCGGCGGAGAAGGACAAGAUGGUUACCUCCAUGGGGCCGGGGUUGCUUCCCGAUCAAAUAUCAUCCGCUGUCCCCAAACAGAGUCAAGUGAUUGAUUAUGGGCACACCGGCAAAUACACGACGGGGGCCGGAGAAGACGGCGGAAGAGCCGCCGGCAGCUCGGCUAUGACCGGUGGGAGUUCGCUGUAUGCGGACCCGUUCGCUAGGAGCCACGCUAGAGAGCCGCCGCCGCUAAGGGGCGCGGCGGAGCUGAAAACCGGACCGCCCGUCUCUCCUCGCGGUCAGAUGAGCGUCGACUCGUCCAGGAGCUCUGUGGCCCAGUCAAGCAGCGACCCGUCGAAUAACCAGACCUCAAAGCCGGUUUUCCCCUCGUUCGGCUUGCUGAGCAAGUACACAGAUUUGAGACAGCGCAAGCCCGACGGCGCCCCCCCGACCUCAGCUCUGAAGCAACCAGCGCCGGCCCCCCAGGCGCCCGCCGCGACCCAGCCGUCCAGCCCGUCGUGCAAUUUAGUUCGCGGAGUCCACCCUGGGCGGCCCGGCCUCGUGCUCAUUCACAGAAACGACGCUCGCGGCGCGAAUCAGAGCAACGCCCAAGGGGCCGGGUUGAAAGUUCCCGAACAGACGAUUAAACCGGCAGGGCAGCAGCGUCCGCCGCCGCCGCCGCCGCCGGCACAAACGCAGCAGCACCGGCCGCCGUUCCCGCUGUUCCCGCAAGCUCCAAAACCCGCGCAGCCCAGAAAUCAGAUGCCAGCUACGUCGACCCUUAUCCCCAUCCGUCCCGCUCUCCCUUCGCCGGCGGCGGGACGCAUGGUCGCCGCUCCCAGCGCCCCGCCUCCAGCCGCCAGGGGGCCGAAGAUGGGUCUCUGCAAGCUGCCGACGAGCGCCAUGAUGCAAGACUACACGGCGGCCACGCCGAGAGCAUUUCCUCAUACCUGUUGUCUUUGUAUGAAAGAAUGUAAAGAUAUGAAGGACUGGCUCUCCCACCAGAACACCAGCCUUCAUCUUGAGAGCUGCAAACUGCUGAGAGGACAAUAUCCAGACUGGGAUGGGAACACACUAGAUCUGUUGAGCGCUCCGGGUCAAGGUGGCCAACCCUCACCCGCGACUCAUGGCCAGAAUUUGCAGAACCGUCACCAGAAGACCGCAUAUGAGGCUCGUUCCCGUUCGGCCAGCCCUCGCCGCCAGCGUGGGUCGGACGAUGGAAAGGAAAAACAAUUCAGCCGCUCUCGAUCGCGCAGUCCGCCCCGCCACUACGGCUCGGAGAGCAAAAGGCAAAAAUGGAGCAGCCGUUCUCGAUCUCGUAGUCCCCAACGCCAUCAAGGUCAAAGAGAGGCACGAAGCAGCAGAUCGCCGUACGCCUCCAGACACUCUCGCAGGUCUCGCUCUCGUUCCUACGAACGCCCCACCUCGUCUCGCCACCGCUCGCGUUCAAGGAGUUACGAGAGGCGAUCCCCACCCAGGAAGAGGGAAGCCAAAUGGUCCCCGCCGAGGAGAAGUCUCGAGCGUCGACCGUCUCCAAGAAGAAGUGAUGAGAAACGCUCGUCACCGCGGAGGAGCCGUGAACGGCGGUCGUCUGCAGAGAGGCCAGAGCCUCAGCGUACGAGGUCCAGGAGUGCCGACAGGCUAGCUAAGAGGCUGCUGGAAACAACAGCUGUUCAGUCUCUGUCCAAGACAUCUGACCUGGAGGCCAUGGUUAAAACUCUGGCUCCUGCAUUACUGGCUGAGCUGGCUAAGAUGAAGUCCUCCUCCUCCUCCAGCACAGAGAAGAAGACGUCCACUAAAGCAACUAAAGCCACGACCAGCCGCCCCAAGACCGCGACAAGCUCUUCGCUGAUUCCUCCGGCUUCUGAACCCUUGUCUCCUGACAAAGUGAGGCUCUCUAGUGUUUCUACUUUUCUAUCCCAUACUGACAUUAUCAACGCCACAGCGAGGUUCGGAGAAGUCAGAGACCUGGUGUUGUGCAGAACUACGCUAAGGGGAGUCGUGCAGUUUGAGAAAGAGGAAGACGCAGAGAAACUGAAGAGGCUGCGAAGCUUCCAAGUAAAGGGAUUGACUGUCUAUGUUGACAAAAUGAGCGCCGCUUCCUCCAUCAAACCUCUCUUGACAAAGGAGCAGCAGGCGGCUUUACGGAAAAAGUUAGCUGAGUCCAGAGCAAAAUCCCAGAAGGCAAAAUCCUCCCCCGCUGGAGGAGUUAAAACACCUGGAACAUCUGGGGCUAAAAACACAGCAACAGGCAAACAGGUCACAAAAGCCAAGGGUGUUCCUGCCAAGGGGGUCGCUGGGAAAAAAUCUAACAUGGGUGGAAAGAAUGCAGCGAAGUCGGUCGAACAAAAAGCUGGACGUGAUGAUCCGAAAUCUGCUAAUGCUCCUAGCGAGGCAGCUAAGGUCCUAAAGCAGUCGGCCCCAGCUGCAGGUGAGAGAGAUCGAGGGAAGGUGGUUGCUACUCAGGCGAAGGACCUGGCUCCUGAAUCAGAAACGUCCACCAACACGGAGAAAGCUGAAACCCAACCAGACACCUUGGCUUUAAAGGAAUUGAAGUCCAAGCCUGGAGCUUCAUCUGAAGGCAAAGAGGCCUGCUUGGCUCCGGAGAACGCAGCAGCGUCUGAAAAGAUGCAAGCAGAAGGACGCGGCGAAGGGGAUACCGCAGGAACCAAAGUGGAAGAAGUUGAAGCUGGAGUGACCGCACCUGCAGAAACCGUGGAAGUUGUGAGUUCGGUCGAGUCCAAAGAGACACUUUUGGAAACUUCGGCCAAACCAGCAGCUAGCGUUAAAACCCCGCCACGCGUCUCUGCGCCUAAAACGUCUAACGAUCCGCCCCGGCCUCUGCAAACCACCGUGAAAGCUGAAGAAAGGCCUGUGAAAGACGCGUCUCCGGUCCAGCAGCCAAAAUCUGAAUCCCCUGCAGAAAAGUUGAAGACGAAAACAGAGCAACAAAAGUGUCCAGCGAAGACGGAGACGAAGCAGGAAGAGGCAGAAAGUCAUCGGACAGCAGAACCUGCCGGCACCGUUUUAGCCGUGAAGUCGGAGGAACCCGCAGCUGCCGAAGCAAAGCCUGCAGACGGAGCAGCCGUCACCGAGAAGAUGGAGGACGAGGAGACACAAGAAGAAGAAAAAAAGUGCACAUUGAGAGAAACAGCCGCGUCCUCUCUGCCUUCUUCAGGACAUCCAGAUAGUGAGGAGAAAACACAAACCCGUGCUCCAGUCUCUCCACCUCCAGCAGCGUCUGCAGAAAACAGCUCGUUACGUUGUGUCAAAGCAGAAUCUACUGUUUCUGAUACAAAGGCUGUGAAAAAUGAAACAAAAGUGGUUGCAGAGCCGACAGUCUCUCGUGAGUCGGUUAAGAAAGCCGAGAAAAAGCAGCCGCCAAGAGCUCCGGUCAGUGCUGCUGAAAAACAAACCCCCAUUGCCCCGUCCACCACCGCCACCGCCGCGUCGGUCACAGGUUCAGACAAAUCUGAGGAAAAUGAUGCAGAGCUUCCUCACAUCGAUGAAGACAUUUUUAAGGCCAUCACAGCUGCUCUUCGUGAGCACAGGCUUAAAAAAGGCCAGAAAACCAGUGAGGAUAAAGAGAGUGACACCACAAGCAAAACAACCUCUGAAGGUAUAGAGGAGGAAAACGCAUCACCCACAAAGGAUGAGAGCGAAGAUGAGUGUCGUCGUUUCAGUCGUUUUGAUGAGCUCGACUUUAGCUUUGGAGACUUUGUGACUGUUGACGAGAUAAGCGAAGACAUGGAGGAAACGGCUGUGGAAGAGACCUGCUCUUCAUCAGAGGAAACGGAGGGGCAGAGCACCGACGUGUCCUCCGCCACCAGAAAGGCCGCGGCAGCUUCUACAGAAGACUGCGAGAGCCCAGCCUCUUCCUCGUCCACGUCUGUAAAAGGCGGCGCGUCUUUAAUUUCCACUUCUGUGCCGGAGAACAAGCAAACUCGCUCCUCUGAACUCGACAAAUCUGAAACCACAACCUCAUCUGCCAGCGGUGGAAAAACUCCUCUCUCCACUCAUCCUAAGGCUGUAGAAACUCCACCUUCCUCUGGUCAGAAAGCUCAGUCGAGCAAGAGAAAGCCUCCCACGAGACCAUCAGAACCCGCCUCCUCGGGUCCAAGCACCCGCUCCUCGGCAGCAGCCGUCAAGCCAUCUGCAGGAACUCAGCAGGCACAGAAAAAGGCUGUAAAACCUACCAAGAGUGCAGCGGCAAAGCCUGACCACAAGGUGCCAGUAGAGAGCCGUGCUGCAAAUACUGUUGAGUCAGAGAUGAAAGCGAAAACGGAGAAGAGUCAACCUGCUGAGGGACGGGGCCUACAGAUCCAGAGCCAGGAGGCGGAUCUUAAAGAUGAAUCUGGCAGAGAAGUGAAGGAGACGAAAAAGGAAAUGGAGAGCAAAAGCACAGAGGAGGAGAUUGGACAGAACGAGAACGACCAAGUCCUUGAUUCCCUCAAUGAAAAAGAAGAACAGAAAGAUGAGGACAACCAAGACAGAAGAACUGAAACCCAAACACCUGGACCCGAGCAGGACCGGCUCAUUCAUCCAGGAGGCCUUCAGGGGUUGGAAAGUGCUGAUAAGGACAAAACCCAUUCUGACGAAUGCAAUGAAAUGGAGACGGAGGACCAGUCAGCUACGGCUGAUGACGGAGAUGAUGGUCCCUCCAGGACGCAGGUUUCUGAAAACGAUGAGACUAAAGGUCCUGAAGGACCAUCAGUCAGAGGCACGUCUGCUAGAGAUCAAGUGACCAGUGAGGAUGCGCCAAAUGAGGAUGAGAUCCUUUUAGCUGAGAAGGUCUGUGAAACCUCUAAAGAGGUUGGUCAAAUCUCCAACGAAGAAGGCCGACCUCUUGAAAACAAAGACACUCUAAAAGACCAGAAACCUGUGGGUCCCUCUGACCUACGGACUAAAGCAGACGACGAGCCUUCAGAGGAGGAUGUUUACCAAGUAAUCGACUCGUUGGAGGAUCAGCCGUCAACAGCCGAGACAGGAUCGGAGACCAAGAAGAAGGAACUAACUAAGAAAGAAGGUGCCACACCCUCUGGAGAUAACAGAGCGACCAGACAAGGUCGCUCAAGGGGCAGAACAUCUAAAAGUGAAGAGAAGGAACAGUCGACAAAGAAAUUGGAGAAAACACCCAGCAAGCAAGCAACACGACCAAAAGACGUCAAGGCAGAGAAGGAGGGCCGGGAGGAUUUUGAGGAUGUAGUGUAUGAGGUCGUGGACUCAAUCGAGGACGAUUCGGUCCAAGAGACCCCAGCCACGGAAAGUUCUGGCAGGAGACGGUCGGCUAGAGGACACAAAAACGCUGAAAAGACGCCAACCCCUGUAGAAAAGGGUGACAGAGAAGGGAAACUGGACGCCGCGAAGGAGAAGGGUUCCGCCGACAGAUCGGUUGUGACGAGAUCUACCCGAGAAGAAAAAAGAAGUCGUUUCUGAGAAGGCGGAAGAAAAUACGCCAAAGAAGGAAGACAAGCCCCCGCAAGAAGACGACCCACACCGGCCAGAGACUCCCAGGAAAAGGACAGAGACAAACCUCCACAAACAGAAGCUAGCGUUCCUCCGAAGGAAAGCACACCGACAAAGAAGACUGACCAAGGCACGUAA